UAAAGGCAAAAAGAAAAAAACAAAAAGAAGAAAGAAAACUGAAGAAGCAAAGCAUGAAGCCAAAUUUAGGGACAAUGGUGCACUCUCCGUUUUAUUAGGGUUUCUUUUUCCCCAAACACAACGCCACCAGAUUUCCACCUUCUUCCCCAAUAUCCUGGCUUCUAUUGUGAGUUCAAACAUAUUGCAUAAUUCUUUCUAUAUAAAUAAUAGUGUUGUUACAAAAGAUAGCUAAAACGGGGUCGCUCUGUUGUGUGGCCGCAAGGCCACAUGGGUCCAAUGCGGUUAGCCAGGACUGGUCCAUGGGUCCACACGAACCCUACUGGAGGACCAACACCAGCUUCUCACCACCCCCACCAAGAUGGGAUUUUCGGUUCCAAAAUGAAGGCCAGUCGUUUGGUUCUCAAGAGGGAAGUCGGUUAUAUGGUUCGUCAACAUCUUCAAACAGUAGAGGAAGUAGGAACUGGUUUAGGGGAAAUUAUUUACCCAAUCAUCGGCAUUCGACUUCUGAUGGAUUUGGGGCGUUUUUUAGUAGUCCGUCUGAAUUAUCGCCAGCUCAGCAGUGGACUCCUCCUACUGUGCAAGAAAUCAGCCUAGAUGAAUAUGCUAAUUCGUCAAAAAGAGUUUUGGGGCCGCUAUCCUUUUCGCCAACUUCUGAGGGACUUUCGGCUCCCCAUUACGGCAGAGCUUCGGUUUCUUCAAAUUCAGACAGCAGCGAUUACGAACCAAUAGCAAAAUCACAAUCUAAUUUCACUACUCGCGGUUGCUUCAUGUCGAAACCCGUUCACCCGUUAGCCUUUCCAAACAAUCCAAGAUUUCAGGACCCCGAUGACAACAACAACCUUCAUUCUGAAUACGACUUUUCAGAUGUUUCCGAACCCGAUUCCCUCAACAGAUCCAACGCUCACAAAUGCAACCUGUGUGAGCGAUUUCUAUCUCAACGAUCACCUUGGAGUUCCCGUCAAAUUAUUAGAAGCGGAGAUAUGCCGGUCACAGGCGUUCUUUCUUGCCGUCAUGUCUUCCACGCUGAAUGUUUGGACCAAACAACACCAAAAACACAAAACGGGGACCCACCAUGUCCCGUCUGUGCUAAAUCCGAAACUAAAUACUCUCCAGAACAACGGGUUUCAUCAAAGUUGAAAAGCGGGUUCCCACGGGUCAGACCGUUUCGUGAGGAUGGACCGUCUAGACCGUGGGGCUGUGUUCAGGCCGGAAAUUGUGUUGAAGGGGCGCUGAGUGCACAACCAUCACAUAACACUAUGCUGUUACUUAACCGUAAUCGGGUCAAAAAGAGUCCGUCUUUGAAGAAAAGUGGCGUGGGUUCACCACAAUCAGGUGGCGGUGAGGGGGUCGGGUGCUCUAAGUCAGCGUCAAGUUCGAGAAAGAAGUUAUAAACUGGUGAGUGAUGUGUAUGUAUAUAACUGCAAGCACAAAAUUUGGUUGUUUGAAGUUGGUGGUUUUGUUAACUUGAUAGCUAGAGCCCCAAAUUGCUAAUAGUGGGUGCAAUUUUCCUCUUUCUAUAAUGAUAUGUAAAAUGUAUCAAAUCUAAUUGCUGACUUUUGGAAGUCAAUGUGCUGUAGUUGUGCUUGAAAUAUUACAAAUCAUUUAGUUUUCAA